GGGAGGGCGGGCGCGGCUGGCCCGUCAGUCGGAGCGGCGUCGGCGGCGGUGACGGGGCCGGGACGGGGCAGGUCCGGACCGAAUCCACGCGGGAGGUGUCCUCCCGCCCCUGAGGCACAGAGUGUCCGGACCGCCGCGCCGCGUUCCUUUCCCCGCUCUGUCCGCACCGCCAUGGUGGUGGUGGCCCCGACCCCGGCCUCGGCCGCGCCUAAGGUGCUGCUCCUGUCCUCCGGGAAGCCCCCCGCGCCUGGCGCCGCCCCCACCCUGCCCCUCAUGCUGCCCCCGAGCCCGGAGGCGACGAGCGGGGCGCCCGGCCCGGGCCCCGGCCAGAGCCCGGCCCGCAAGCGGCAGCGCCUCACGCACCUGAGCCCGGAGGAGAAGGCGCUGCGCAGGAAGCUGAAGAACAGAGUAGCAGCACAGACAGCUCGAGACAGAAAAAAAGCCCGAAUGAGUGAACUGGAGCAACAAGUGGUAGACUUGGAAGAAGAGAAUCAAAAACUUUUGAUUGAAAAUCAGCUUUUGCGUGAGAGAACUCAUGGGCUUGUGAUUGAGAAUCAAGAGUUAAGACAGCGCUUGGGGAUGGAUGCCCUCAUGCCUGAAGAGGAGGAAACGGAGUCCAAGGUGAACGACGUCCGCGCGGUGGCCGGGUCUGCUGAGCGCAGCACUCAGACUAUGUGCGCCUCUGCAGCAGGUGCAGGCCCAGCUGUCACCCUUCCCGAACACGUCCCUGUGGAUUCUGACGGCCUUGACUCUUCAGACUCUGAGUCUGAUAUCCUGUUGGGCAUUCUGGACAACCUGGACCCAGACAUGUUCUUCAGAUACGUCACGGCAGAGGGCGGCCUGGAGGAGCCUCGAGAGGUGGGAGCUGCCCAAGAGCCCAGCUCCGUACCAGCCUCCCCCUCUCCUCUGGUGGGGCCCCCAUCAGCCAAGCUGGAAGCCAUUAAUGAACUGAUCCGUUUCGACCACGUGUACACCAAGCCGCUCGUCCUGGAGCUUCCCUCGGAAGCAGAUGGUCCAGGCGGCAGCGUGGUAGUGAAAAUUGAGGAAGUCCCUCUGAGCCCCAGUCUGAAGCCGGAGCCCCCGGAGCCGCUCACCGUGGCUGUGAAAGAAGAACUGCUCGACGAAGAUCUGAUCCCGGAGCUGGGAAUGGAAAACCUGCUCUGCUCCAGCCACGGCCUCAAGGCCUCCCCCUACCUGCUGGAUGCUUGCAGUGACUCUGGCUACGAGGGUUCUCCUUCCCCUUUCAACGAGCUGUCCUCCCCGCUGGGCGCGGGCCCCUCCUGGGAGGACACCUUUGCCAACGAACUCUUCCCUCAGUUGAUCAGCGUCUGAAAUAGUCUUGCGUCCUCCUGCCCGAUCAUCGUAGCACCCCUGCAGUCUAGAGGGCCGCGGCCCGGGAGUGGUGGUGGAGGUGGCCGCGCUCCGUAGAGCGCCUCCAGUAGUCCUUAGCAGCUAGCUCCUGUAGUCCGAGCCCCGAACGGGAUCCCCGGCUUCUCUCCCCUUCCCACUUGGCUCCGUGUCGCCCCUUUGGGGGGAGUCCUCUAGUUUGCUCGUAUAAGCUAACGGCUGGGGGGCGUUUGUCCAGUAUGUCCAGUUGGAGAACGUGAACAUAGGAGGAAUCUUGUAAAGUUACCGAGAUUGACUGUAAGUGCUUGCAAGGUGAACUCUUUCACGGGAGCUUGGCUUCAGGGAGGCACUUUCUCCAUUUUAUUAUUUAAACUACCCGUGCAAUUAAAAACGUGCAAUGCA